GGGGGGGGUGUGUGUAUGUCUGUGUCACUGUUGCUCUUUGUAUUUUUAGGCUACAUCUGCAGCAGUAAGCUGGUUCCAGUGAGUCAGUAUGUGGGAACAGUGCUGGUAUGCCUCCUCGGAGUGGCCUGUCUUAGAGGGUUGGGGAGAUGGAAAAACUCUGAGUAUCUUCAGUUCAUCUCCAUUCUUGACGAAAACAAGGAUGAUCACACGCCAGCAAACAAGAAAAAACUGAGAUGCUACGACUUUGACUUCUCUUACUGGCCUUCGGAUUUCAGCUGGUCAGAAGUCAGCAAUCCAAAACUAUCCAAGGCUGGCGUCUCUCUGCUGAAGCCGGAGCCCCGCUUGAGAGGAGCCGCAGACAGCGUCCUGCACUCUGUGCGCACUCUGCCGUGCCACAUCAUCAG